CCCGCUGCCCACACUCGCUGACAGAGUCACUGGAACGAGGCGAUUCCUCCCACCACCAGGUUCCCCCAAAUCGCUCCGACCCGCCACUAACCCUAGCGACAUCUGCGCUCCCAAUCGCUCGGCCUCUCGCCGGAGCACCAGAUCCGCGGCCGCUUCGCCCCCCGCCGGUGGUGAGAUUCCCGGAUCGGAGCCAAGAUGACGGAGUCUAUGGUGCGGAACAAGCCGGGGAUGGCGAGCGUCAAGGACAUGCCGCUGCUGCAGGACGGGCCGCCGCCCGGCGGGUUCGCGCCCGUGCGCUACGCGCGCCGCAUCCCCAGCAAGGGCCCCAGCGCCAUCGCGCUCUUCCUCACCACCUUCGGCGCCUUCUCCUGGGGCAUGUACCAGGUCGGACAGGGGAACAAGGUUCGCCGUGCACUGAAGGAAGAGAAAAUUGCUGCCCGUAGUGCUAUACUGCCGAUGCUCCAAGCUGAAGAGGAUGAAAGAUUUGUCAAAGAAUGGAAGAAGUAUCUUGAGGAGGAGGCCAGGAUCAUGAAAAACGUUCCUGGAUGGAAGGUAGGCGAAAGCGUGUACAAUUCCGGAAAGUGGAUGCCCCCUGCCACCGGUGAGCUGCGCCCUGAGGUUUGGUAAGGUUCAAGGACUUGUUGCUUGAGCCCAUCAAGGAUGGCACCGUGUCUUCAUGGUAUGAAUAAGGCUUUCAGACCUGCAUACCCCAAAAUUUGCUACGAGGGACACAUACUUAGCAUUUGUCAUGUAUUUCUUCUGUUGACAAGAUUUGUGUUGACGAAAUCUGGCUGGCUAAUAAUUGGACAUACCAAGCCAACUUUGGUCUUUAUAUGAGUCAUCAUCUUUUAUGUUGAUGUAAUAACUUGUCUUCGUACGAGCUAUGGCUAUUCUGACUCUUGCCUUCA